AGUAAUUAUUGUGACAGUGAAUUAAAGAGUUGGAAAAAGUUAAGUAGUGAAAUAAAAUUGAGACUAGUGACUAGUGUCUAGUGCAAGAAUAGUGAUAAAACUGUGUCAGUGUGUUAAUACAUGCCAAAGUGCAUGAUACUCAAGUGACAUUGUGUUCUGUCACACGUACACACACAAAGACUUGUGAAUUUUGAGUGAUAAAAAAUGAGCAAAAUAUAAAAAAAAAAUAAUUUAAGAAGAAAUAAGAAGUGAUAAACAGCAUUAAGUGCCUAAAAAUAGAACCAAAAAAAUGGCGAUAAAAAACUUUAAAUGGAUUUUUUGCUUAACAUUGAUCUACAUUUAUCUGUCAAAUCAUGUCACUGUGUCACAAAUGGUGUUUCGCGACAGUGAUGAACAAGAUACAAGACCUGUGUACAGUCAAAGGAGUUCGUGGGUUGUACGAAACCCAACAAAUACAGGUGGCAUCAAAACGGUAAAGACUGUUUAUUCAUCAAGAUCUAUGGAUCCGGUUAAUGAACCAAUGGCUUUGCAAUACAAUCCUUAUCAAACAGGAUCUCAAUCGCAGGCCAAUGCUGGUUCAAUGAGCUAUGGCUAUCAACCUGGCAUGAUGCAGUCAGGAUCACAAUCUCAAGCCAAUGCUGGCUCAAUGAGCUAUGGUUUCCAGCCUGGUAUGCAGCAGUCAGGAUCUCAAGCUAAUGCUGGCUCAAUGAGUUACGGCUAUCAACCUGGUGUGCAGCAACCUCAAUUUGGCAGUGGCAGUGGAUCAUAUGCUUCCGCAAGCUCUUCAUCAUUCUCUGGUGCUCAGUGCACAACAAAGCCAAAAAUAUCUCCAAACACCAAACUUCAAUGUGGAUCAGGUGCCUGCAAGAUUACAUGCCUCGAUGAGUAUAAAUUUCCAAAUGGCGAAAGCACAAUGUCACUUUCGUGUAUGAAUGGCCGAUGGAUUGUUCAGAACUUUGAGUAUAAUGAAGUUCCACCGUGUGAACCUGUUUGUUUGCCAAAAUGUUUAAACAAUGGAAUUUGUAUUUCACCGGGACAGUGCAAAUGUCCUGAAAAUUUCAUGGGACCGACAUGUCAAAUGAAAAAGGAGCUUUGCCUUAAAUCACCGCCACUUCCAGCAAACUCAAAGCGAUCUUGUACAUCAGCGAUGUGUACUGUAACAUGUAUGAAAGGCUAUAAGUUCCCAGAUGCAUCGCUCUCGAUGAAUCUUUUAUGCAAAAAUGGAGCAUGGAUGCCGGAACGACAGGAAAUUCAAAACAUUCCCGAUUGUGAACCUACAUGCGAGCCUUCUUGUCGAAACGGUGGAACUUGUUUAUCAUACAAUGUUUGUCAAUGUCCGCACAAUUUUAGAGGACCACAGUGCCAAUAUAGCAUGGCUGAUUGUUCACCGAAGAAAAUGGAUUUCAAUGGUCCUUACAACUGUUCAUCAACUGGCGAUCUCAUAUCAUGCAAGCUGAAAUGUCCAAAAGGAAUAAGUUUUGAAUUUGAGCCAGCAUCUGAGUACACAUGCAAUUAUGCUGUUGGUGAAUUCUAUCCGAGACAAGUUCCGAAAUGUGUUUACGGAGAUGGAGUUCUCGUCUUUCAAAAUGAACCAACUCAUACAUUCCAAUUUGGUCAGUCAAAUGGAACAUAUAUCAAGAAGAAAGGAGCUACAAAAAUGGUCACACAGACAUAUGAAGAGUCUGAUGGUGAGGAUGAGGAGGAAAUUGAGGAAACUAUCAUAAAGAAGACAAAAGUCAUCAAGAAAAAGAAAAAGAAGGCAAAAGUGUCAUGGGAGGAGGACGAGGAAAUGUUUGAAACGCCAGGCGUUUAUCAGCUGUACAUGUCAGGAGAUGUAGAAAUGCAGAUCCGAACACCAAAGCCCAGUAUCUGCAUGUUAUGGAACGGCAAUAAAAUUAAAACAUUUGAUGGUGUCACAUACUCGCAUGAACUCUUCUGCUCGCAUGUUUUGGUCCAAGACUACAAAGAUGGAAGCUUUAAUGUUAUUUUACGUUCAUGUCCUUACGAUUCAGUACAGCCAUGUCCACAUGCAUUGGAAAUUUUCCUACAAAAUGAGCAAUUCACAUUUGAGAAUGAUAAUGGAGAAGUAAAAAUGUUUACCACAAAGAAGGAAUUCCCCAUUCCGGUACAGAUUUCUGGCUUAAAAGUGACAAGAUCUGGAUUAGAUGUUAGAAUUUUGUUAGAGUCAAUUCCACUGACCAUCACAUGGGAUUCAAAAAAAUUUGUUCAGAUUGAUGCAUCAGCAAGCAUUUUCAAUCGAACAGCUGGCAUUUGUGGUACAAUGGAUGGAAUCAUGAGCAAUGAUUUUAUGUCAAAAGAUGGAGAAUUUCAUAAAAUGCCAUCAACAUUUGUUGAUUCAUGGCGUGCACUGAGUAUGGACAAGAGUAAGGAGCAAUGCAUUCCUCGUCUACAGAAGAUGGAAACGCAAACAGCAUGUGAGACAUCUGUUGAUGAGAAGGCAAAUCUCAUAUGUACGGAUUUAUUGAAAAAUCCAAGAAUGACCAAUUGCUUUAAAAAUUUCAAUAAGGAUGUUUUAAUGAAAAAUUGCAUUUCGGAUUAUUGUGAUUGUAAAAAUACUUUGAGACGUACGGAAUGCAGUUGCAAUGGAAUUUCUGUGCUUGCAAAGGAUUGCCGUUUCCGUGGUAUUAUGUUGAAUGAUAGCUGGAGAGACCAUCAAAUAUGUCCAUUAAAUUGCACCAAUGGUCGUGUGUAUAAAUCAUGUGGACCAUUGAAUGAGCCAUCAUGUGGGUCCGCCAUAGAGACUAAUUCAUUAGAUUGUCGUGAAGGAUGCUUUUGUCCCGACGGAACAAUGCUUAAUGAUGGUAUUUGCGUCAAGAAGGAAAUGUGUCCAUGUAAGUUGAAGGGCAAAGCAUUUCCACCAAACAGUAAAAUUAAGCGCGACUGUAAUACAUGUACAUGCGAGAACGGUAAUUGGGAAUGCUCAUCAAAAACAUGUGGCUCACGAUGUUCAUCUGUCGGAGAUCCUCAUUAUGUAACAUUCGAUGGAAAGCGAUACGAUUUCAUGGGUAAAUGCUCAUACUACUUAAUGAAAACCGAUGAACUUACUGUAGAAGCGGAAAAUGUUGCAUGCUCGGGUGCAAUAUCAGAGAGUAUGAAUUUUCUUCCAUCAUUUACGACUGAAAUGCCAUCCUGUACGAAGUCACUCACAAUGAAGUUUAAUGACAAUGCUGGCCAAAAGAGAAUAAUUAAAUUGAAGCAGGGUGGAUUUGUGCUUCUUGAUGGUUUUGAAGUCUCAACAUUGCCAUGGGACUUAGAUGAUGGUGCAGUUGUAAUAAAGCAAGCUAGUUCAACCUUCCUUGUCGUUGAUUUCCAUGAUGGCGUUCAAGUAUGGUGGGAUGGAGCAACCAGAGCAUACAUUGAUGCACCAGCAUCUUAUCGUGGAAAGACUAAAGGGCUUUGUGGAACAUUUAAUUCUAAUAUGCAAGAUGAUUUUCUUACACCGGAAGGUGACAUUGAAACGACUGUUCAUCCAUUCGCAAACAAAUGGCAAACGAAAGAGUCGUGCGAUUUUAUCAGUGACAAAAUUAUACCGCAUCCAUGUCAAAUGAAUCCAGAAAAUAAAGCAAAGGCUGAGAAAAUUUGCUCUAAGGUAUUAAAAGAUAAAAUUUUUGAGGAGUGUCACUUGUUUGUUGAUCCAGAGCCAUUCUAUGAGGAUUGUAUGUACGAUAUGUGUGCAUGCAAAGGAGAUGCUAGUCAAUGUGCAUGUCCAAUAAUGGCUGCUUAUGCUACGGAAUGUGCACGACAAGGAACGAUACUUAAUUGGAGAUAUCAGGUUGCUGAGUGUGCCAUAAACUGCCCCGACGGACAAGUCUUUGACCAAUGUGGCGAAGCUUGUUCACGGACAUGUUAUGAUUUACAAAAAGACACACCAUGCAAACUGCAAUGUGUAGAAGGUUGUCGCUGUCCACCCGGUCAAGUGCUGGAUGAAAAUAAUGAAUGUGUCGUGAUUUCAAUGUGUAAAUGCACUUACAAAGGCUUGGAAUUUAAACCUGGAUAUAAAGAAGUCCGUCCGGGAAGCAAACUUUUACAGCUUUGUACAUGCACAGGUGGUAAAUGGAUAUGCAUUGACGCAAGUGAUUCGGAUGCUGUUAACUAUCCAGCUGCUGGUGAUAUAUCAAAGAAAUGUUCAGCUGUAAGACAUGAAAUAUUCACAACAUGUGAAUCGGCAGAGCCAUUGACAUGUAAAAAUAUGCACUUAAAUGUUUCAACAUCAACGGCUUUAUGUCGUCCUGGAUGUGUUUGUAAACUUGGUUAUGUGCUUGAUACGAUUUUGAAGGCAUGUGUGUUGCCGGAAAACUGUUCAUGUCAUCAUGGUGGAAGAAGUUACAAUGACGGUGAUAAAAUUAAGGAGGAUUGUAAUACAUGUGCAUGUAAAGGCGGUAAAUGGGCAUGCACAGUGAAAGAGUGUGCAUCAACAUGUAGCUUAUGGGGUGAUAAUCACUUUACAACAUUCGAUGGACGUGAAUUUGAUUUCCAAGGUGUAUGCACAUAUGUUCUGUCAAAAGGAAAAGUCUUAAAUGCUGACGGAUACUCAGUUACAAUUCAAAACGUAUUAUGCGGUUCUAAUGGCGUCACAUGCUCAAAAGCAUUGACAAUUAAUCUUGUCGGCGAAGAACCAGAAUCAAUUACAUUGUCAUCUGAUACAGCCGUGCCGGGUAUCAAAGGCUUAUUAGAAGCAAAGCCAUUGAAAAAAAUGCUCACGUAUCGUUCGGGUGUCUUUCUCAUCGUUGAAAUACCACAUAUUGGUGUAAUGCUUAAAUGGGAUCGAGGCACACGAGUAUAUUUGAGAUUGGAGAAUCGUUGGAAGGGUAAAGUUCAGGGAUUAUGUGGAAAUUACAAUUAUGAUGCUCUUGACGAUUUUCUCAAUCCAUCGGCUGGUAUUGAAAAUAAUCCAAUUAUUUUUGGUCACUCAUGGAAGCUCGAUGACUCUUGUUCAAUGCCAACUGAACAAGUUGACUCGUGUACAUUAAAUCCACAGAGGAAAACAUGGUCGCAAUUUAAAUGCGGAUUAUUGAAAUCAUCGGAAUUUGCACAAUGUCACUCGGAAGUUGAAGUUGAUAGCUACUACAAACGAUGUGUUCAUGACACAUGCAGUUGCGAUCUGGGUGGCGAUUGUGAAUGUUUGUGUACGUCUUUGGCUGCAUAUGCUUAUGCAUGCACAGCAAGAGGAAUUAACAUUCGCUGGAGGACACCUGAUUUGUGUCCAAUGCAAUGCAAUCCAACGUGUUCAAACUAUAAUCCGUGUAUUGAAGCAUGUCCGGUUGAAACGUGCGAUAAUAUGAUGCAUCCAUUGAAACAAGAGCGUCUUUGUAAAAGUGAUAAUUGCAUUGAAGGCUGCAAACUUCGUGAAUGUCCAACUGGAACUGUUUAUAAGAAUGACUCAUACACGGAUUGUGUUCCAAAGUCAAUUUGCAAGCCAGUUUGUAUGGUAGUUGAUGGAGUUACUUACUACGAAGAUGAUGUCAUAGAAUCUGAUGGAUGUUAUACAUGCAAGUGCUCACGUGGAGCUGAAGUUUGCACUGGAACGCCAUGCAUUGAUAAUGCACAAAAAGUUGAGAGUUUAUUUGUUUGUGAAACUGGAUGGACAGAAUGGUUGAAUCAGGAUAUAAUGCAAAAUACUUCAAUGCCUUCAAAAGCAAGUUACUUUAAGGAUGAUGAUAAGGAACCAAUGCCAAGGUCAUCUAAAUUCCAAGAAGCUGGACAGAAAGUUCAAUGUGCUCCAGACUUUUAUGCAUCAAUUGAGUGUCGAACAGUUGUUGGCCACAAUCAUCCAAAGAUGACAGGUCAAAAUGUUGAAUGCUCAAUGGAAAAUGGAUUAGUUUGCAAAGGUCAAUGCUUUGAUUAUGAAACUCGGUAUUUCUGUGACUGUGGUGCUUUCGGUCCACAACCAACGCUAAUAGACACCACAACAUCAACAAUUAAACCAACAACUGUGAAAAUUCCAAUCAUUCCAAUAAUACCAGUCAUUCCAUUCACAACACCAAAAUAUGAAAUUGCAAAAGUCUGUGAUCCAUCAGUUCCAUUAGUUAAGCAUCCAGCUGAUUGUAGUAAAUAUUUACAAUGUGUGAUGAGUCACGAUGGACUUUUUGAAUAUGUUGAACAAACAUGUGGCAGUUCGAUGAUGUUCAAUCCAACAGCAAUGGUAUGUGAUUGGCCAGCAAGUGUGAUUGCAAUCAAUCCAAAUUGUGGUAAGCCAAAAGAAGAACUUCAAGGUGACUGUCCAAUGGGUUAUGUAUGGAAUGAUUGUGCUGUUCCAUGUAGACGAGCAUGCAAUUAUUAUGGACGGAUUUUAAUGAUCAACGGAAAUUGCACAGAAGCCUCAAAUGACUGUUUACCAGGUUGUGUGCCUAAGGAUGCAAUCACGAAAUGUGAAUAUCCAAAUUUAUGGAGAGACUGGAAGACUUGUGUAAAGUUGAUGGAUUGCACAUGUAUUGGACCAAAUAAUGAACAACUCAAACCUGGUCAAGUUGUUAAAAUUAGCGACUGUAAGACAUGUCAGUGCAUUAAUAAUGAAUUUAUCUGCACAGAAGCUGCGUGUGGCACUUCACCAAAACCAAUUAAAAUUAUAUCCGUACCAACUUAUCAUCCCGAUGCUGAAAUCAUCAUUACAGGCAAACCAUCAACUGCUUGGCCACAAGUAUUAUCAACAACUAAGAAAUCUGUAGUAAUAAUUGAAGAAGAGGAACAAGUUCCUUACUAUAUUACUAUCUGUGAACCAUUCCCACCACAUAUUGAACAUCCAAACAGUUGCUAUAAAUUCCUACACUGCAUGCCUGCGCCAAAUGGAAGUUAUGUUUAUGCUGUAAAGACUUGCUAUCCAGAUAUGAUGUACAAUCCAAUUGCUAUGGUUUGUGAUUGGCCAGACAGUGUAAAGAGACUGAAACCAAAUUGUGGAGUUGAUCCAGGAGAAAUAGAAAUUUGGGAAGUGUUAGGAAGAAAACCAACAACAACAACACAACAACCAAGAAGGAAAGUUACUGGACCUGAUGAAACUGAUUACUUUGAAGGUGAACCACCAGCAUAUAUUCGUGAAUGUAAUCCUGCAAAUCCACUUGCUGUACAUCCAAAUAGUUGCAUAAAAUACCUGUUGUGUGCUGAAAGCUCGCCUCAUAACUUUAAAUAUACAGAAAAGAAGUGCAAUAACUACCCAAAUAUAAUGUUCAAUCCAAAUACUUUAAAAUGUGAUACAGCUGAUAAUGUUAAGCUUGCCAAUCCAAAAUGUGCAACUGACAUUGGCGAGACUGAUUAUUGGGAAGAAAUUGUUGAGAAAGUCACACGAAGAUCUACAACAACAACUCGAUCAUCUGGAUUUGUAUCGACAUCAAGACCAGCCGUUGAUGGAACAAUAUCAUUUGCAGCAUCAACAAUUCGCCCUGUCACCAUUAGACCAACAGAACCAGGAAGAACUGCACCAUACAUAACUAUUUGUGAACCAUCUCCUCCACAUAUUGAACAUCCAAACAGUUGUUAUAAAUUCUUGCAUUGCAUGCCAGCGCCAAAUGGAAGCUACAUGUAUGCAGUUAAGACAUGUUAUCCUAAUAUGAUGUACAAUCCUGUUGCUAUGGUUUGUGACUGGCCUGAUAAUGUGAAGAGAUUGAAGCCAAGUUGUGGUAUAAAUCCUGGAGAAACUGAUCUUUGGGAGUUGGAUAUUAAAACCACAACACCUUCCACAAAGAGAAAGUUCACACUUCCAGAACACACAGACACUGAUUAUUGGGAAGCAGAAGUAACAACUAAGAAACGAACAACUCCACGAGAUAUUCCAGUACAUGAAAUUGAAAUAACUCAGACCAGACCAUCAACAUUACCUCCUCAUUCACAAAUAACAGGCACACCAAUGAAAAUAAUUGAUACAACACCGUCUGCAUACAUCCCUGGUCAAGUUACACCACCUGCUCAAAAACCAACUCCGAUUAUUUUUGUUCCACCAAUUUAUGCCCCUCCUGGACAAAUUACACCGAUUGCGGAAUCAACUACCCAACCCUCUGGAAUGUUUGGUCCACCAUUGCCACCAUUUGAUCGUAAAGUACCUCCAUUACCACCAAUUAAAACUACUGUCGCACCUGUUGAUGUUCCUUACUACAUUACUAUCUGUGAACCAUUCCCACCACAUAUUGAGCAUCCAAACAGUUGCUACAAGUUUCUACAUUGCAUGCCUGCUCCAAAUGGAAGCUAUAUUUAUGCUGUGAAGACUUGCUACCCAGACAUGAUGUACAAUCCAAUUGCUAUGGUUUGUGAUUGGCCAGAUAGUGUAAAAAGAUUGAAGCCUAGUUGUGGAAUCAACCCUGGAGAAAUUGAAAUUUGGGAAGUCCUAGAAAGGAAACCAACAACAACUACUCCUUCAAGAAAAUUAGUGACACAGCCUGAAGAAUUGGACACAGAUUAUUGGGAAGGUCAGAAAGUUACUCUUAUAAAACUAGUUUCAGAAACUACAACGACUGUAAAGCCAUUACCGCCAAUCGGAGGUCCACCAUUACCACCAUUUGGACGAGAAAUAACUCCCCCAUUCCCAACUUUACCUCCACUUGGGCAAAAAACAACACCUACUCCUGCAUCUAUUAUAGAGAUACCUUACUACAUUACUCUCUGUGACCCAAAUCCUCCACAUAUUGAACAUCCAAACAGUUGUUAUAAAUUCUUGCAUUGCAUGCCUGCUCCGAACGGCAGUUAUGUCUAUGCUGUAAAGACUUGCUAUCCAGACAUGAUGUAUAAUCCAGUUGCAAUGGUUUGUGACUGGCCAGACAGUGUUAAGAGAAUUAAACCAAUUUGUGGUAUUAAUCCGGGUGAGACAGAAGUUUGGGAAGUAUUCCAACCCACAAUAGCACCAAUUACUCGUCCAGGAGCUGUUGACUCGACAGUUUCAACCACAUCUACAUUAUCACCUGAAAUGGUUGAAGUUCCAAUUUAUCUUGGUCCAUGUGAUUUAGAAAAUAAGCCAUUUGAUGAACAUCCUGAUGGAUGUCAUAAGUUCUUACAAUGUGUAUUGACUCCUAAUGAUACAUUCGUAUAUGAAGAAAGAACUUGUGGAAUUAACAAAAUGUUUAAUCCAAAGACACUCGAUUGUGAUGAUAUUGCCAAUGUUCAAGCUAUUAAACCAAUAUGUAGAACUUCACCUGGUGAACCUGGAGAAUUUGGACAGACUGGUAAGAGAAUCGUUAGACCAGGAGUUAUAACAACAAGAAGACCAGAUAAAAUCAAGCCUACUCGUAAACCAACAACUACAACUAUACCGCCUGUAGUCACUGAAUCUACAUUAACGCCUUUGAUUCUACUUCCAUCAACUGUAACUCCACCAAUUGUUUGUGAAAAGAGUAAAUUGGUUCCAUUGCUUCAUUUGCUUCCUGAUACUGCAUUUACAUCAAGCAGUGUCCUUGGAAGAGCCUUCAAACCGGAAUCAGCGAGAUUAGAAUCACGUCCAAGUGAUGGAUCUGUUGGAAGUUGGUCACCAGCCACAAAUGACUUGAAUCAAUAUUUGCAAAUCGAUUUUCCAUCAGCAAUGCCAAUUUAUGGAGUCAUGGUUAGAGGAAGUCCACUUCUUACUCAAUAUGUGACAAGCUUUAAGGUUCUUUAUAGUUUGGAUGGAAUUGUCUAUCACAUUAUUCCAGAUGCAAGUGGAAAUCCACUAAUUUUCAGUGGUUCUAUCGAUCAGAAUACGCCAGUUCAACACAUUUUUAGAACUCCAGUUGAAGCUAAACUAAUUCGCUUCUAUCCAUUGACAUGGCAUGAAGGAAUUGCUAUUCGUGUUGAAAUCUUAGGAUGUCAGAGAGAUCCAAGACAACCAUUAACAUUGCCACCUGCACCAACCACGACUACAAAAUCUAUAGAAACUGUCACACAGCCAACGAAGAUAAUUGAAGAAGUUUUUGCGCCAAUCACAACGCCAGCUUCAGUCUUUACAAUCACAACUAUACAGCCACUCUGUGAUGAUCCAUUGGGUGUUGAAAACAGCAAAUUAAGUCCUAAUCAAAUUACUUUCAGUUCCAUAAAAGAUGCAGGAUCUGUAAAAACAAAAGUGCGUCGUAAUCCACUUGAAAUUAUAAAACUGUCAUCCGCACGAGGCUGGAUGCCGCUAGCUGAUAAUGUUAAUGAAUAUGUCAUGUUCGACUUUAUGGAGAACCGCAAUCUUACCGGUGUUAUAACAAAAGGAGGUGAAUAUGGCUGGGUCAAGAGCUUCACAAUUCAAUACUCAAAAGACAACAUAAUUUGGAAUAAAUUAUUUGAUAAGAACGGCAGGCCAGCGCAAUUCCUUGCAAAUGUCGACUCUGAUAAUGUUAAGAAAAAUCACUUCCGUAGUCCAAUUAAUGCGAGAUACUUAAAGAUUCAACCAUUAAAAUGGCAUCAGGCGAUUGAAUUGAAAUUAGAGCCAAUUGGAUGCUAUUUGCCUUAUCCAACACCUGACCCAACCUUAACAACAACAACAUCAAAAUAUCCCGAGGAUGUAGAGAUUAUCACACCAGAAUCGAUUUGUGGUAUUUGUAAAGGUGCUCUUGUUCCAUUGUCGGCUAAUAACCGCGACACGUGCUUAUGUUAUCCACCACAAUAUUGGAAUGGAAUUGAAUGUGUACCGCAAAGUGAUUGUCCAUGCUUUGAAGGUCAUAUGAGCUAUCCAGUCGGUGAAGCAUAUAGAACUGAGGAUUGUGCUGAAUGUAUGUGCCAAAUGGGUGGAAUUCCACAAUGUACACCAAAGACUUGCUCUCUAUGUCCAAAAGGACAAAAAAGAGUAGCACCAGGAACUUGUGACUGUAAAUGCGAACGAUGUCCACCAGAUACUGUCAUUUGUCAAUCGAGUGGUGAAUGCAUACCAGAAUCAAAAUGGUGCGAUGGACAAAUUGACUGUCCAGAUGAUGAGCUUAAUUGCCUAAUUACUGAGCAGCCUUCGAUUACUGUCAAUAGAACUGAGACUAUAACAAUUACAAAGAAGUGUCCCGACCCCUCAUGUCCCCCUGGAUUUGCAAUUAAACCAAAGAAAUCUCGCAAAUCUAAAAUGAGCAGUCGUUUCAGCGAUGACGAAGAAGAGGAUGACAAGCCACAGCAUCAAUAUUAUUAUAUUAAGGCCAAAUACACUGCAAGCUAUGAAGCAAUUCUUCCAAUCUCGACAUCAAAAGACCAGCAAGACAUAAACUCAGAGGAGUGCUUCGAAUUUAUGUGCAUUCCAAUUGUCGAUUCUGCCGAGAUACCUGAUUAUGCACAAGAGAAUCAAACGAAAAUUAUUCGUUGUCCUGAACCGAAAUGCCCUCGAGGUUACAUGCUAAGACUUCAAAUACAAAAGUCGGCUAAUGAGUGUGCAAAAUUCACAUGCGAACCGAUUGCCGAGAAUGAUGCCGUAUGCAACGUAACCGGCCGCACAUUCAAUACAUUUGAUUCAACUGAAUUUAAAUAUGACAUUUGUAGUCAUCUUCUUGCUCGAGACGUGUCAGAUGAGAAGUGGAACGUGAUAAUGAGAAAAAAUUGUUCGAGUGGAAAUAAUGUUUGCAGCAAAGAGAUUGAAAUUAGAGAUAAAGUUGCAAAAUAUACAUUAAUUCUCUAUCCAUCUUUAACUGUUAAUCUUGAUGGCUAUUACUAUACGGUUCAACAAUUGCAAAAUUCAAAUCGUAAAAUGUCAUUCGUUGUGUCCAAAAAUGGUGACAAUUUGCUUUACGUAUCGCACACACACGGCUUUUGGAUAACGAUGGAUCAAUAUGGUGAUGUUAAAUUGGGAAUAUCAUCGCAAUAUGUCAAUCAGGUUGAUGGUCUCUGUGGUUUUUAUAGCAAUGAAAAAACUGAUGAUAAACGAAUGCCAAAUGGAAAGUUAGCAACAUCAACAGUUGAAUUUGGUGACAGUUGGUCAGUUAGCCAGACAAACAAAGAAGACUGUGAGCCACAAGUAUGUCCAAAAAUGCUGCAAGAAGCUGCAUGGACGAUGUGUAAUUUAGUUAAAGAUGAUAUCUUCUUGCCAUGCACAAAGUCAAUUAAUCCAACACAUUUCAUAUCGACGUGUUUGGAGACAGCUUGUGAUUGCUUGCAAGCACUAACAAAUGGAACGGCACCGGCAUCAAUUUCAGCGAGUGAUUUUGAGAGCUUCAAAAAGGAGUGUAAAUGUUCAAUGUUAAAGAAUUAUGUUGUUGAGUGUAUGGCAGCUGAUGAAAAUGUACAUUUAGAGACAUGGCGAUCAGUGCAUUCAUGUGAAGCUGUUUGUGCUGCACCAUUAGUCCAUCAAGAUUGUUAUCGUCGAAAGUGUGAAGUGACAUGCAAUAAUUUACAAUCAGCAGAUUGUGCAAACAUUCCUGGUACAUGCUUCUCUGGCUGCUUCUGUCCAUCGGGAACAGUUAAAAAAGGCUCAACAUGCAUACCAAUUAGUGAAUGCCGUGAUUGUGUCUGUGAUGGAUUUGGAAAGUCACAAUAUCUGACAUAUGAUCGUAAAAACUUUACAUUUGACGGCAACUGUACUUACUUGUUGUCACGUGACGUUACAUUGCAAAAUGUCCAUACAUUUGAGGUUUAUGCAACUAUAGGACCAUGUGACACUAAAGCAAAUACAAUAGCAAAGAAGAAAGUAACAUGCACACAGGCACUUCAUAUCACAUAUGGAAGCCAUAUCAUCCACAUACAAAAGAACUCAAUGAAGAAUCUUGAAGUCAUUGUCGAUGGAAUAAAAUUAUCGGGCUUGUCAUACACACAAGAUUGGAUAAAAAUUACGGAACAAGGAAAGGCACUCAACAUGUUAUUGCCAGAGUCUCAAGUGGAACUUGUUACGAUGUUUGAAGCAAUGUCGUUUAGUAUUAAAGUGCCAAGUGUGAAAUAUGGAAAUAAAAUGGAAGGAAUUUGCGGCAAUUGUAACGGAAAUCCUGAAGAUGACUUGACUACCAAUCCAGCCGUGCCAAAUUUGCCACUUACUAACACACCAAUUCAAAACUUUGCUCUUAGCUGGCUGGCUGAUGAACCAAAACUUAAACUCACUGAAGACAAAGACAAAUGUUACGUCGAUGAAGCAAGUGAAUGCCUCCCACUACCACCAGAAACAGAUCCAUGCUUUAAAAUUCUCGAUGAAGACAUUUUCGGCAAAUGUCAUAUGGUUGUUGAUCCAAUUAUGUAUGUAACAGCAUGUCAACAAGAUUUGUGUCGAACAGGUCCAACACAAAAAGGUUCGUGUGAAUCACUCGCUGCUUAUGCUCGCGAAUGUGCACGUAAUGGUGUUUGUGUUGAUUGGAGACGUAAUGGACUCUGUACAAUGGAAUGUGUUGCUCCUUAUGUAUAUACGCCAUGUGGAUGUCCUGAAACAUGUCAGACCGUACAAGCUAGAGAAAAUUUGAUAAAAUCUUCGCCAGCCUUAAACGACCCGAAGACAAUUGAAAAGAUGAGAUCGAUAUGUAAUGCUGGCAUGAGUGAGGGUUGCUUCUGUCCAAAAGGAUUGGUCUUACACAAUGGAAAAUGUCUACGUGAGAUUGAAUGUCGAGCAUGCGAUGAUAAAGGUCAUUUACCAGGCGACAUAUGGCAUUUAGAUGUGUGCACAAAAUGCACUUGCCAGAAUGAUUCAACAAUUCAAUGUCAAAAGACUCAAUGUCCAGCACAGCAGACGAUUUGUGGAAUAGGAUUUACGGCUCUUGAAUCAUCACAGUCGUCUGGAGAAUGUUGCAAGAAAUAUGCCUGCGUACCGGAAGUCAAAACAUUAGUACCGACUACUUGUUCUCAAUUAGUAUUGCCAAAAUGCGGUGUCGAUCAGACAAAUAAAAUAAUAAACGACACAAAUGGAUGUUCCAAAUAUAUUUGCGACUGCAUACCAAAAUCACAAUGUAAACCAACACAAAACUAUAAUACGACAAAACUUGAGCCUGGAUUUAAGGCAAUAAUCGACACAACAGGAUGCUGUCCCGUAUCGAAACUUAUUUGCGAUAAAUCACUAUGCCCGCCCAGACCUAUACAGUGUACGGAAGCAUUUUAUGUUGUGGAAAAGACAAAGAGUGCUGAUGAUAAAAUUUGUUGCGAUAUCUACGAGUGUCGACCACCGUCAGAUCGUUGUGUUGCAACAAUUAAUGGCAAUAAGAUAUUGAAAAAGAUGGACGAGAUAUGGCCAACAGAUGAUGCUUGUGUGAAGGCACAAUGUGCCUUUGACACAAAUGGAAAUCCUAUAAUUAAAACGCAGCGUGAAAUUUGUAAUACAAUAUGUCAAGCGGGUUCGGAACUGAAACCAAUACCAGGCAAGUGUUGUGGUGAGUGCGUUAAAACCAAAUGCAUUGUGGACAACAAACUAUAUGAUAUUGGACAGACGUGGUCAAGUGAUGACAAUUGUACGACAUUCGAAUGCAACAUCAAAGAUGGUGAAACAAUGAUUUCAUCAAUGAUGCCAACAUGCCCUGACAUCUCAUCCUGUCCAAUUUUGAUGCGUUACAAAGAUGGAUGCUGUGAGAAGUGUAAAAUGGAAUCAUUGUCACAGAAGAACUGCAUGCCUGAGUCAUUGGCCGAGAGUACAACAAUUGGUUUGAUACAAAUUCAGAUGCCGCCGCACGGAAAUUGCAAAAAUGUGAAUGGUGUGAGAGGAAUUACGGAAUGUGUCGGAUCAUGCAAGAGUGGCACUAAAUUUGAUCCAAUGACUCUACAUCAACUAAAAACUUGCGAAUGUUGUUCCGUAAGUGGAGUUCGUGAAUUGCCUGUAGAACUUGUUUGUGAUGACAACUACAAGUUUAUAAAGAACUUUAAUGUACCUGCAUCAUGUUCAUGCUCUAAAUGUGGCAUUGAGGAACAACUUAAUAAGCUGAGAGCUGCUUUUUAAGCAUACAAUGAAGACAUGAAAUUAAAAUUGAUUGAGUCGAGGAAGGAAGAAGAACUAAGCUAUUUAAUUACCUCAAUGUUGAUUAUGAAGAGAAAGUUUUCUACUUUACUCGUUUAUUUUUGACUGCACACACAUACAUAAAAGCACACAAGUUUUUAUUUCUCUGUUUAAUUUUGCACACAAAGUUUUAUGCACAAAUACGAGCAAUUUUAGUUUUUAUUCUUGUUUUUUUUUGGGGGAGGGCACAUGGAAAAAUGUAUAAUUUUAUUGAGGCAAAACUAGUAGUUUUGGUGAUUUGGUGUUAAAAUAGAAUUGUCUUCAGCAGGAGCUUAUUCAAACCCUUGGCUGCAUUCUUUUAUUUUUUGCCUUUAGACCUUUAUAGACUCUCUUGAACCCAUUUGAGUUAAGUCUACAAAAUUAGUCCUUGAAACUUUAAUCUUAAAUACUUUUAAGAUUAAUUUUUUCGAAGAUUUCUACCCAAAAAACUAUUCAAUAAUCAAGAAUUAAAUUGCCCAAUAAAGCAACUGGCACUCAAAUUCAGCACCUAAGCACUUUCAUGCACAUCUUUAGUUAUACAUUAAUUUAAGCACUACUGAGCACACAUUUGCACGCAAACUUAGAGAUUUUUUGUAUGUUAACGAUUGAUGAUUGGUAUGAACAAUGCAAGCUUUCUGAAUCUUGUUCCUUAAAACUUACAGCUACACUUCUUUUUAAUUAUAAAAUACAUAACAAAUGUUUAGAGGUUCAGAAAGUUUACUUUAUUUUACAAUUACUAUCAAUCGUUAUCAAUUAACAACGACAUCAACCAAUAAGUUUUAUUUUGUAAAAUUCUUGCACAAAAAAUGCACAAAAUGCACAAAUAAAAAAUUCGAAUUGUA